UUCACACUUUAAACUGCAAGGUCAAUGACAUUCAUAUGAGUGAAAGUCGAAUCAGAUCUCUAGCAGCCAAAGCAUUCAAGGUCAGUAAUUGCUUUCUUCAGGCUAUGGCCAUUAAUUUUGCUUUCUGUGAUCUUUUCAUUUCAUUUCUUUUCUCUUUCGUUCCGGUAAUAUUCUUGUGUUUCCCUUAUUGUAAUUUUCGAGGUCCUAGAGACGAAGAAAGAUCGUUCAGAGUGCAUUUGUUCCAAUUCAAUGGCGUAUUUGUUUUCCAGAGCUUCUCAAAUAAUUUAUGCUAUAUUAGAGCAAACUAUCAUUUUGGUCCUUAAUGUCAAGAAUUGGGACUUGAAAAAUUUCUCAUGUGUAGAGACAAUACAUACAUUCUGGAAGUAAGGCAUUGCCAUAUGGAAUUGUUGCUAGAAAAUCUAACUUCGAAAUGCGUCCAUUUUGGUACUCUUGUACAAAUCAUGUAUGUGAAGGUGCAGCAGAAAAGGCAAUGUCUAACAAUGCUCCUCAACCAAAGUAUGAUGUUUUCGUAAACUUUAGGGGUGAGGACAUCCGCCACGGCUUUCUUGGCCAUUUGGCUAAGGCUUUUUCUCGAAAGCAAAUAAAUGCCUUUGUUGAUGACAAACUUAAGAGGGGAGAUGACAUAUCGAAUUCACUUGUAGAAGCAAUAGAAGGAUCAUUCAUUUCAUUGAUCAUAUUCUCAGAAAACUAUGCUUCUUCAAGUUGGUGUUUAGAAGAACUUUUGAAAAUAAUUGAUUGCAAAGAGAAAUAUGGACAGAUUGUAAUACCUGUUUUCUAUGGGGUAGAUCCUACAAACGUACGACAUCUAAAAAAGAGUUAUGGAAAUGCAUUUGCUGAACUUGAAAAAAGGCAUAGUUCGUUGAAGGUGCAGAUAUGGAGAUAUGCUUUGAACAAAUCUGCUAACUUGUCAGGAAUUAAGUCAUUAGAUUAUCGGAAUGACGCCGAACUACUUGAAGAAAUCAUCAAUCUUGUGAUGAAAAGGUUGAGCAAGCACCCUAUUAACACAAAAGGACUUAUUGGAAUUGGCAAACCAAUGGCUCAUUUAGAAUCGUUGUUACGUCAAGAGUCAGAAAAGGUUCGUGUUAUUGGAAUUUGGGGUAUGGGAGGUAUUGGCAAGACAACUAUUGCCGAAGAAAUUUUUAAACAAAAUUGCUCUGAAUAUGAAGGUUGUUGUUUUUUGGCAAAGGUAAGUGAAGAAUUAGGAAGACAUGGAAUAACAUUUUUGAAAGAAAAACUUUUUUCUAGACUAUUAGCAGAAGAUGUGAAAAUCGAUUCACCAAAUGGGUUGUCUAGUUAUAUUGAGAGAAGGAUUGGCCGUAUGAAGGUCCUUAUUGUUCUUGAUGACGUUAAGGAAGAAGGUCAGAUAGAGAUGUUAUUUGGAACACUUGAUUGGCUUCUAUCUGAUAGUAGGAUAAUUGUCACAACUAGAGACAUGCAAGUACUUAUUUGUAAUGAAGUUGAUCAUGUAUAUGAGGUUGGGGUAUUGGAUUCUAGUGAAGCACUUGAGCUUUUCAACUUGAAUGCAUUUAAACAACGUCAUCUUGAAACGGUGUACUUUGAGCUAUCAAAGAAGGUGAUCGAUUAUGCCAAAGGAAUUCCAUUAGUUCUUAAAGUUUUGGCUCAUAUGCUUCGUGGAAAAAAUAAAGAAGUAUGGGAAAGUCAGCUAGACAAACUUAAAAGACUGCCAGUUCAAAAAGUUCAUGAUGUAAUGAGACUAAGUUAUGAUGAUCUUGAUCGUUUAGAGAAAAAGUAUUUUUUAGAUAUUGCAUGUUUCUUCAACGGGUUGAAUUUGAAAGUGGAUUACAUGAAACUUUUAUUGAAAGAUUGUGAAAGCGAUAAUUCAGUGGCUGUUGGUUUAGAAAGGUUGAGAGAUAAAGCUCUUAUAACUAUUUCUGAAGAUAAUAUUAUAUCUAUGCAUGACAUUCUACAAGAAAUGGGUCGGGAGGUUGUUCGCCAAGAAUCUAGUGCAGACCCUAGAAAACGCAGUCGAUUAUGGGAUCAUGAUGACAUUUGUGAUGUAUUGGAAAAUGACAAGGGUACUGAUGUUAUUAGAAGCAUAAGUGUAGACUUGUCAGGAAGAAGAAAGCUGAUGUUAAGCUCUCAUGCAUUUGCUAAGAUGACCAACCUGCAAUUUUUGGAUUUUCGUGGUGAAUAUGAAUUCGGUGAAGACUUUUUAUGGAAUCAGAAAUACGACCGAGACUGUUUGGUUCUUCUUCCUCAAGGGCUUCAAUCUUUUCCAACUGAUCUAAGAUAUCUUUCUUGGAUGAAUUACCCUCUAAAAUCAUUCCCAGAGAAGUUUUCUGCAAAGAAUCUUGUUAUAUUGGACUUGUCAGAUAGUCUAGUGGAAAAGCUUUGGUGUGGAGUGCAGGAUCUAGUUAAUUUAAAAGAGGUUAGACUCUCCUAUUCGAAAUUCCUGAAGGAGUUACCUGACUUUUCAAAAGCUACUAAUCUUAAAGUAUUGAAUAUGGCACAUUGUCAUAAUUUGAAAAGCGUCCAUCCAUCUAUUUUCUCUCUUGACAAGCUUGUGCAUUUGGACCUAAGUCUUUGCUUUUCCCUUACAACAUUUGCAAGCAAUUCCCAUUUAAGCUCCCUCCAUUAUCUCAACCUUGGAUCUUGCAAGAGCCUAAGGACAUUCUCAGUGACAACUUAUAAUUUAAUUGAACUAGAUCUAACUAACAUUUGUAUCAAUGCACUGCCAUCAUCUUUUGGAUGUCAAAGCAGGCUAGAAAUACUGGUUUUAAGAUACAGUGAAAUUGAGAGCAUACCUUCAAGCAUCAAGAAUCUUACAAGACUAAGAAAAUUAGACAUACGAUUUUGCUCAAAGCUCCUGGUUCUACCCGAGCUUCCUUCAUCAGUUGAAACUCUACUUGUUGAAUGUAGAUCACUGAAGACUGUAUUGUUCCCUUCAACAGUUUCUGAACAAUUCAAGGAAAACAAGAAAAGGAUUGAGUUCUGGAAUUGCUGGAACUUGGAUGAACAUUCUCUCAUAAAUAUUGGGUUGAAUCUGCAAAUGAAUUUGAUAAAGUUUACAUAUCAACAUUUAUCGACACUGGAACAUGAUCACGUUGAAAGUUAUGUUGAUUACAAAGAUAACUUUGAUUCUUAUCAAGCAGUGUAUGUUUAUCCUGGAAGUAGUAUUCCAGAGUGGUUGGAGUACAAGACAACAAAGGAUGACAUGAUUGUUGAUCUCUCUCCACAUUAUCUCUCCCCUUUGCUGGGCUUUGUUUUUUGCUUUGUCCUUGCUAAGGACAUCCAUUAUUGUGACCGAAUUGAAUUGAACAUCACUACAAAUGAUGCUGAAGGUGACGAUGAAAAGGGUGGCGUCAAUAUAUACAUGGAUAGAACACGUCUCGGUAUUGCAUCAGAUCAUGUGUGCAUGAUAUACGACCAACCAUUUUCUCACUACCUAACUAGCAUAGCAAACAAUAAGAGAAGGUUUAAAAUCAAGGUUACGGCAAGGACAGAAAUCAAUGUCUAUAGAAUGAGACCAGAGGUUGAAUUAAAAGGGUUAGGAAUCAGCCCCAUAAACCACUCAACAUAUAGGAAUCUCAUUCAACAAAUGGGAAUUGUUUGAUUAUGUUAACCAAUGGAAUAGGACUGUGGUUAGUAUCCAACUGAAGAUGAAGAAGUUGAUUUAGUCACAAGUCUAUAGAUUGAUUUUGAUGCAUUGGUUGUGGCAUUUCAAAUACUUGAGGCAGGUAAAGAAAACAUAGCUUAAGGAGACUGCAGAAGUAAAUGUAUGAAACUCAUCUCACUGAUUGUUCUUUGUAUGCAAGUAAAUGGAAAUUAUCUUGUGAUAA